GGCAUUCCAGCAUUUUUAUUCUUACAACAGAGUAACAACUUUAUACAGCAGAGUUGUCUGCUAAUUAUCAUUGACUAAUUAGCUGUUACUUGUGAUAAUUCAAGGGGUUGUUGUUUGAUGGACGGAAUUGUUCACCAGAAGUGUAACUGCAGUUUGGUACUUAAAGUGUCUAGUGAAUCAGCCUCACAUAGCCUGAGACACGUGGGUUUGAAAAACUUCAGAGCAAGUAGGUGGAAACCUGGAGGGCCACAGCUGGCAUCACGCGACCGCUGGAUAGCGGCUGACAGAUUCCCGAUUAUAGGCGACCUGCAGCCCCGCUCCUCUCCUUCUCUAUUUUCUAUGUCUACGCACCAGGAACUGAAAGAGAAAAACUCUUCAAUCACCAUUCGAGAAGAUUUGAGGGUGCGGGGCAAUCGGGCCCCGCACGACGCCCCGUUGAAACACGUGACGACGAAACGUGAGGGAUGAGACAGGGCGAAAGGAGGUUAUGUGGAUCGGAGAAUAAAGCUGGAUCGGUGGAAACGCCGCGUUACGGCUUCUCGAAACGCGGCACUUGACGCCGCGGCGCCGUGCCGAGGGAUUCGAGCUGGCAGUAGCAAGGCGUCUAACCUAGACGGACGGAUCAGCAAGGGGAUGCCGAGAAUCGCCGCGAUAAUAAUUCCGAUGAAAAGAUCCCCAGCCUCCCUUCAUUCAACCUCCUUUCGAAUUUCCUGGAUCGAGCUUUUUCUUCCUUAUGUAGUACACAUUCGCAAGGAUGCAGAUUCAGAGCCAAUUGAAAAA